CACACCCCACAACAACCAGACGACGAGAAGACAGACAUCGAGAUCGACGUGCUGUCCUGAGGUCCUGCUAGCCUGCUGUCCUGCGGAGGAGGGAGUCACCCUCACCAGAAGACCAGAGUCACCUCCCCUCCCAGCCUUCCCUCUUUCCCUGCCAGGAUGAGCUCACCAAAGCCGGUACGGAAGAAGGCAUCCCAACGCAGCCGUCGCAAGAAGGUGUUCAUUUCGCUGCGGUUUGGAGAGGCCGGGCAUGCAGGCAAGCUGCUCAAGCGUGAGCUGGAGCAGGUGCACGGCUUGGACGUGUUCCUGUGUGACGUCAAGCCUGGUGGCAAUAUGGAAGAAGAGAUCAUCACGGCUCUCGCGGCCUGUGACUUGGCUGUCAUCAUGGGCACCAAAACUUACGGGAAGAAGACGCCGUCCACCUUCAGCACUUAUGAGGAGCUGCGCUUCAUCACGGCAAGGCAGAAGCCGUUCUUCUUCAUCAAGAUGUGUGACGACUUUGAGGAGGAGUUCGCCCAGUUCCACCUUCCCGAUUCCAUCUCCUACUUUCCAUGGAUCCCUGCUUCAAGCGAUCCAGAAUCCAUGUCCCUACCACAUGAUCUCGCCCCAGCCAUUGCAGACAAGCUCAACCACAUCAGCACUUCGAACGGCGACGGCAAGGGCGGCAAAGGUCACUCCUCCGUCAUCACACGGCAGCUACCAACCACGCUGGACGCUGACCUGACACAGUGGCUGCAGCGCUACAACAUGCUGUCCUCCAUGGGGCUGGUGCUUGAGAAGCAUAACAUCACAGGUCUCCACAAGCUGGAACAGGCAACAGAGGCCAUGCGGAAUCCGAGAACGCGUGCACUUGCAAAACGGCGACAACAACAGCAAAAGCGAGGGCAGCAGGGCAGCGAACCCAAGCCAACAGAGGGCGUGCGACAGCUGCAUGAGGGAAUGCUGAUGCGAGAAAGGAAGUUGAAGCCAGCAGAGAUUGCCAGGUUCCGGCGAGCAUGCAAGGCGAGGACGUGGCGCAAGAACGAAAUGGGAAAUGAGGAUAAUACGAAGGUGGAUGGCACAGAAGAGGUGCGUGACAACGAAGAUGAAAGGCAGGCAGAUGAGAAGGUGAAAGUUGAGGCGAGCGACGAAGGAGAACAGGGGAUGAUUCAACAGCAACAGCAAUGGAGUGACACGCCACCGCCUGUGCGGGAGGGUGUCGCAGAUGAAGCGCUGUUCAGGGAGUAUCUGGAGAAGGUCGAAGAUGAAUUGCUCAAAGCAAAGAUCCUCAUCAUUUGGAACAACACGUGUGGCGACCAGGUCAACCUGGUAGGCAACCAUGUUGGACCUGAAGGCGGGAAGGCAAUUGCGGAGGCAUUGAAGGUCAACACGACGCUGACGGAGCUCUACCUGGCGUGGAGCGGUCUUGGACCUGAAGGUGGGAAGGCAAUUGCGGAGGCACUGAAGGUGAACACGACGCUGAUGGAGCUCUACCUGGGGAAUGACGACGUUGGAACUGAAAGCGCCGUGGCCUUUGCGGAGGCACUGAACGUGAACACAACGCUCGUGUUACUGGGCUUGUGGGAGACAAAUGUUGGCUCCGAAGGCAGGAAGGCGAUCGCGGAGGCAUUGAAGGUCAACACGACGCUGACAACGCUCUACCUGGCCUACGCUGAGAGCGCCGUGGCCUUUGCGGAGGCACUGACAGUCAAUACAACGCUUCAAGUUCUGGGGUUGGUAUUGGCUUGGGUGUGUAUGACGGGUGGCUUAGUUCACCCAGGCUUGACUAUUUUGUACCCCACUUUAAACAGUGCGACAUCUUCUCAUGCCAGGUCCUGCAGUAAAGCGGAUGUACCAAUGCUAAUCCGUUUGUUGUGGUUCGAAUUUAGUUUUACCGAGUGGGUGCCGGACAAGCUUAUGGCUCGCAUCAAGUCUGCGCUUGAGCGAAACCGGAAGCUUGCCUCCCGCACGCAAGAAUUGAAAGCCCUCCUCGAACACGGCUCUGUUCCGCUCUCAACAGCCAAGGUGUUUGUAUGCGGGCACUAUGGCAUCGGCAAAACCACCCUCAUCAACACGCUGCAGUCGUCUCCACAUGUCAUUAACACCAUGGUGCGCCGUCGUCGCAAAACGUACGACGAGCCCGACCGCCCAGAUCAACGUACUCCCGGCGUUGAGAUGCACAACUUCGCACUCAAGAGAGGCGGGUCAUCUGGCAGCGUCUCCCUCACACCAUCGCCAGCUGGCGCAGCAGGAGGGACCGAAGACUCAUCCGGUCACGAGACAACGCUCCCGUCGUGCAAGCUGCGGGUGUAUGAUUUCGCUGGGCAGACGGAGUACCACGUGGUGCACGAGCUGCUGUUUGCGGACCACAACGCCGUCUUCGUCGUGUGCGUGGACUUGUCCAAGGACAUGGCCAACGUGGAGGAGGCUGUGCUGUACUGGCUUCGCUUCAUCAAGACGCGGCUGCACCAAGCUGUGCACCGUUCACCGCAUCCACCGCACGUGUUCAUUGUUGGCACCAAGGCAGACAAACCACUCGAGCACAACACGCUGGUGGAGACGACAGCAGAAGCUAUACCACAUGCUUCUGGCGUCUCUUUGCCGCCAAUGCAGUUUCCGAGUGGCGACGCGCUGUUGCAGAGCCGCCAGCUGCAGGAGUGGUUUGGUGACACGAUGCGCAUCCAUCCACACGUGAUUCCUCUCAAUUGCCACGAGUUGGGCGGUGCCUGCAUGCAUCACUUGCGCGAUUUGCUUCACGCUGCGUGGCUGGAGGUCGUGCAGCAAGACAUUCAAGUGCCCAAAGUGGUGGAAUUGAUCGGCGAGGGGCUUGCAUUGUGCAGAAAGGAAGAUGAAGGCCCAUGGGCAUUGCACCGGCUGUUUUCGUUCCUCCUCGAGCACGUGGGGGAGUUGGCGCGCAUUCCCGGCUUGAACGAGGACAUCUUCUGCAAGGCGCUCAGCUACCUACACGUGCGUGGAGAUGUUCUGUGGUUCCAGUCCAUUCCAUCGCUUGCCGACCAGAUCUUCGUCUCCCCUUCCUGGCUGCUGAGCAAAGUGGUUGGCCCAGCGCUGGCACCGGACCACUUCCCCGUCCACUUGCGGGCAACGGAAGGGCGUGUGGUGUUCUCGGAGAUGCAGCGCGUGUUUGGGCGGGUGUUGGAUCCAGACCUCGUGGUGGACGUGCUGAGCAGCAUGCUGCUGUGUUACGAAGAGGACGCCGCCAUGCACGGAAGUGAUGGUGACGGUGAUGAGCGCGUUUUCAUGCUGCUGUCGCGGCUGGAGUGGCGCCCAGAGCGUCUGUGGGGAGAAGAUGGGUCUGUUGAAGUGUUUGCUGGCCGCCGCCUGCAGAUUGCGCAACACCACGGGAUGAUUUUCCCCCCUGGCGUGUUCCCGCGUGUACAGUCGCGCAUUGUGCAGUGUUUGGAUUACACCACAAGCCUGUGGCAGACGGGGUUCUUUGGCCUGCUGGCCUCUGCUGAGUGCUUGGGCCGCAUUGUGAGCGACACGUGCAUUGAUCUGUGGGUCCGCUGCCCAGCGGCACAGAAGGAGCACGCUUGGCUGGCCCUGGACAUGAUUGAGUUUCCAUAUCUGGUGCUGCUGGCCUCGGGUGGGCACUGCAUGCUGCUGCUGGCUGAGGGGGUGCAGCGAUUCCGGCGGCUGGGCAAUCUCCUCGACGACUCCCCAGGCGAUGCCUUUGAGAAGGUGGCUCGUGCCAUGGAUCUCACAGGCGGCGGACCACAAGUCGAACAGCUUGCAGCACAGGGUGAUGAGCACCGUUUCGAGCUAUGCCAUCCACUUAGACAUGCGCGCAGCUGCGACUUUUCCUUCUCUGGCCUGCGCACGAUGGCUGAGCGCGCCGUUGCACAGCAUCGCCGUGAUGACAACUCUCUCCCUCUGCAGGACGCACGUGACAUUGCCGCCUCCUUCCAGCGCGCCGCUUUGCACCACAUCAUGGUCCAGUCACACAGGGCUCUCUUAUACUGUCGUUCCAUCGACAAGAUGCCCACGUCCAUGGUCGUGUCUGGCGGUGUGGCGUGUAACGCCUACCUCCGAGAUAAGGUGGCGUGGCUGUGCGAGUGGCAUGGUGUGCAGCCUGCAUUCCCAUCGCCUGCGCUCUGCACCGACAACGGCCGCAUGAUUGCGUGGACGGGCCUUGAAUACCUGCGAGCAGGAGUAGAGCCUGAGCAGGACAUUAGUCAGUGGCGGUUCAAGACGCGGUGGCCACUUGGAGUUGACGAAAGCGCAAGUGUACAAGCGGCAGACAUUCCUGUGAAGCGACUGUAUGCGCAACUCGCCAGCAGCCCACAGCAGGACACGACAACAGCCAGCUCCUGA